AUGGCCCAGGGCUCACAGACCACAGCUGAUCUCGGCCCGGCCCUCGUAAGGGGCAUCUGGGCCGCAGUGAUCAUCGCUGUGAUUAUCGUUUUCCUGCGAGUCUUUGCAAAGAUCAAAAUUCGCCAGUUUCGCGUCGACGAUGUGUUGAUGAUCGUGUCCCUGAUCCUGGUCGUCAUUUCCACUGUUUUCCUGACGCAGUGUGUGCAACAUGGCUUUGGCAAAAAUCUCCUCCUCCUCGAAGCGGAACAACCGCACGAAGUCGAACUCGUCCUGAAGUACAUCGCCAUCCAAGUACCAAUUGUGACCAUCAGCACCACCAUCGCCCGCUGCUCCUUCAUCCUCUACCUCCUGGCCAUUCUCGGAAACAACAAAAAGUAUCAGAUCGCGUUAUGGACGGUGAUGCUGCUCCAGUUCGCCGGCAAUGUUGUCUCGGCCGUGCUGCCGCUGAGCAUCUGUCGCAAUAUGCGCAUUCUGUGGGACCCUACGACCAAGACGACCUGUGGUGAUGUCCACGCCGUCAUCCAGUUUGCCUACUACUCUAACACCGCAAACUCCGCCUGUGACCUGUUUCUGGCCGUGUUUCCCACACUCAUCUUCUGGAAUCUCAACUUGAAGAUGCGCAUCAAGAUCAGUUUGAUCAUUCUCCUCAGUCUGGGCCUUGUUGCCAUGGUCGCCUCCAUCAUCAAAACCACCAAACUAGACGAGGUCCCCAGUGUCACCAAUCUCGGCGCCAGCGGAGGCGUCGAGCUCAUCCGCUGGGGCUACGUCGAGAACUCAAUCAUCAUCAUCACCUCUUCUGUUCCUUGUAUCCGGCCCUUGAUCAUCUCCUCCGUCCGCAAGUUCUCCAGCCGCGGCUACUCGCGAUCCUACGAGCUCACCGGGCCCGCGACCGGCCAGCGGCGCACGGGUCAUGACGAGACGGCGCAGUCCCGGCGCACGCGUCGCUUCACCAAGAAUGGUCCCCUGGAUACCGGCAGCAUUGAGCGGAUCCUGGAUCCCGUCAGCAAUACAAAUACGACCGUCAGUGGUCGGCGGGAUUCGCCGCCGCAUCUCGACCAGGGCAUUACGAAACAGGUGGAAAUUUCGGUGAUUUCGAAUGAUCAGUUAAAUCGGGAUCAUCCUUGA